UUUUCGUAAGUGAUAUAAUUUAUUUGUUACGGAAUCAAUUACUUACAGAUUUCCUUAUGAAAAAUAUGGUAGCAAUACUUAAAUUGUAAUUUUUCGGUAAUUGAUCAUCAUCCUCCGAGCUAUUAUUUUGGAGAAGAAAACUGCUCUCACAGGUUUUCUGAGAUAAUUGCGACGCAAAUUAAUUUUUGUAGACUAAUUAAGAAUAAUAUUGAUUAACGUAUUUCUUGAUUAAAAUGGAACUUAAUAUUGAGCGCUAUACAAAUUGGCAUACGGAUCAAAUUCUCGUGUUUUUAAAUGGAUUUUUUCUUUAAACUUAAUAAUGAAAAUACCAAAAUAGAUGUCUUAUGCAUUAUUCAACAUUUGUGAGGUCAGAAACAAUUUAUUAAAACUAGAAACAUGACUAAUAAUACCGUCAAUAGUCUUCCUUGAUAUAAAUAUUAUGUCUAAAAUAUUUUUUGGCUCAGUUGUGACUCGGCUUUAGUUAACAAAUCUAUAGAGAAAAUAGGAAAAAUGGUGCAAAAGCUAUUAAUUAUUGCAAGUGUUAUAAUUAGUUUAACAAAUGCCUCAGCUCCGUCUAUCACACCGUGCGUAUCAACUGACUCGGACUGUAUAACCGAAAAUGCCAGGAGACUAAUACCCAUAUUCGCCGAUGGCAUACCAGACUAUGGCGUUAAGACUGUGGAUCCAAUUACCUUUAAAAGCAUAGACGCAAGUUCACCGAAUCUAAAAUUCCUCCUGAGCGAUCUUACUGUGAAAGGUUUGAAGAAUUGUAAAGCAAUCAAAUUGGCUCGCAGCAAGGUAAAAUAUAACUUGUUUUUAAAAUUAUCCUGUGCUCUGAAUAUUGAUGGUGAUUAUGAAAUGGAAGGAGAAAUUCUUGUUCUGAAAAUUGUUGGAAAAGGGAAAGUCCACGCUUUUCUCCCAAACAUUGAAAUAACGGCGGAUCUAGAAACGGUCGAGAAGGAGAAGAAUGGCGAAAAAUACUUAAGAAUUAAGAAAUUCAAUCAUAGUUUCGACCUUAAGGGCAAGUCUGACCUUAAGUUUGAAGGAUUGCUAAAGGACAAUCAAGUGUUGGCCCAAGCAACCGAGGACCUUCUACAGAAUAGCAGUAAUGAAGUUAUCAAGGAAAUUGGAGGCAAAGUGGUCGAGACCGUUGUUACCGAAGUGGUAGAAAACGUCAAUCAUUUCUUCAGAAAACUGCCACUGAAAGAGUAUUAUCUGGACUGAUCGUGUUCUGUGUAGAUUGGCUUAAUUAAAGGACUGUUUUGUUAAAA